AGGACACCCGCAGCUCAGUUAACACCCUUUGCAGGUGGGUAUCAAUGGGCAGCUCAAUUGGAUACGACUUCUUUGGAGCCAGGACAAUCUUACCAUCUUUGUGUGGAUGUUGACGGCCCAAUGAUGGACUUUCCAUCUGGAAGAUCUUUGUGGGAGAUCUAUGCCUCCGCAUUUUCCUUGCCUGGGCACUUCUCCGUGGCACUCUCGCCAAACUCACAGCUGAAGGUGCCGUGCAUUGGGUGCUCUUCUGGGCAAGCCUUCCUAGCAGAUGCUUGUCCUUUGAGGAACUUGCUGCUGGAGGACAGCUUCGUGUAGCAAAAGGUACCUUCGUGCGGCGGGCUUGAAGUCUCGACGGCUGCGACGACGUUCAAGGAGUCGGCCGAGGACCGUCAGCUUGACGCGACGACUUCUGUCGCUUCGAAGCUCCUUCCGCUCCCAAAGGAGUUCGUUUUGGAGCUGGACACAUGUUCGGUCACUCCCGGUGUGCACUUCUCCCUUUGCACAGACUUGGAUGGCUUCGCCUCCAGGCUGGAGAUUGGGAACUCUGGCAUUGAGAUCUAUGUCAGUCCGUUAAAGUCCAUUGUGGGUUCGGAAAGGCUAGUGAAGGGAAAGCAUUCCCUUCUCACAAUGGCCUGCUCAGGAUGCAUGAAUGGAGUCACGACAGCACAGCUGGCCAUGAAGUGCGAUGAGUCACCCAAUGCUGUCCCUGUGGCCGUGUCGCCCAACUCCACCGGUGCUGUGCUCCUGCAAGAAGGCUCACAAGGCUUUCAAGCACACUUCGAUACACGUGGCCUAGGCAGUGGCCGUCGAUAUCGAGUUUGCUUGGAUUUGGAUGGCCCUUCGCCCACGUACCGUGCAGGUGACACCGGCCUUUCAAUCUACCUCACAGCCAUCACCUCCAUAAGCUUUGGGGAAGCUGGUUCCGAAGUGCGAGAGGAGUCAGGGCAGGAAUCAAUUUCAGCUGGCAGAGAUCUGCAGUUAGUGCUGCUGUGUUUGCCCGGCAGCGGUGGAUGUGGUGUGGAGACGGAGGCGUUUCUGUCACUUGUGGGAGACUGCACACCAGUAUCUCCACCCCAGCAACUGCAACGACUACCUUCAUUUAACGGUUUGGCGUUAGAUCGCUUUGGAUUGACGUUGAGCACUGCUUUGCUACCUUCUGGCUACACCUACCAGAUUUGUGUGGAUGCAGACGGAGCUGGAAACUUGUUUCCUGCCGGUGAAACUGGAUUUUCUAUAUACAUUUCACCCGUACGAGUGGCAGUCUUCUGGGGUGAAGUUCUCCGGAUUGUGUGUCAUCCGGGCGGUUGCAGCAGCAGUGCGUUGGGUUUUAUUUCGAGCGACUGCGCCAUUGGUUCAACCUCAGCGUAUUUGUCAGCAGUCACUAAAGUCGCGAAUCCGUGGCCAAAGAUCCUCUAUCUUGCCAAUGAUAGUACGCCAGCGGAAUUAUGGGAGAUUGCCGUCCCAGCACCUGCAGGGCUUGAACUUAGGCUUUGUUUGGAUGUGGACGGAAGUGGACCAAUGCCCGUUGGAGAUGCACAAGGUGUUUUCACUUCUGGGAUCCAGGAGCUCCUCACCCAGGGUGUACCACAGGGCGUGGACGAAGUCAUAACCUUUGCGUGCAGUCUUGGUGGAGGCUGUUCUGAAAGGUCGCAGGCCUAUUUGGCCAAGACGUGUGACAUCAACGACCCAGAUGCAUCGACCAUCGAGGUCCUGGGAGAGAUGACGUCGUCCAGCUUGUUGAUUCCAGAUAGCUCUUCCGAGGCUGGCAAUGGGACGGAGGUCUUCUCAGUUCAUUUGCGAACCGAUGGUUUGCCAGCGGGCCGGCACUACAGCUUUUGCAUUGACCUCGAUGGCGUGGACUGGGCUUUGAAGACCGGUGAUUCGCUUCAUCAGGUCUACCUCAGCCCCGUGAAGGAGGUUGAGUUCCAGAAGUCUGCAGCCUAUACUGUGCUUCGCUUCAACUGCUCAGACUGCUCCGACAUGUCGGAGGGCUUCCUUGCUCUGGAUUGCUACGCAGCAGCACUCGCAUUGAAGCAAUUUGCGGGCAAUGAGAGUGAGGUAUCGGAUACAUCAGAUGCUCUGGCCGACGCCAUCCAGAUGCAAGAUGCAAACUUUAGUUCAUUCACCAGGUCCACUCGAUUCUCUUUCGACGGAAAUUGGACACUGGGAGUUUCUACGGAGACCUUACAAGGUGGCCUUCGAUACAGACUUUGCAUGGACCUGGAUGGUGGAGAGAAGCAGGACUACUUACUCGGCGACACAGGUGUCCGCGUUUUCAUCAGCCCCGUGACUGCUGUAACACCAACGGUGGUCUUUGCUGGCAACUCCUCCGUGACUAUUCUUUGUCAAAGAGGAGGCUGCGACUUCUUGGGUCACUCCUAUUUGGCUCCAGAUUGCCAUGUGCCUCCAGCUCCAACUCAGUGCAGUUUUAUGGAGGAUGUCAACGACACCAAUGGCACAAAUGACUCGAACGACUCCAAUCUCACUGCUCUUGUUGACCCAGAGAGCCCUCCGAUUAUGGUUGAUUCAACGCCUUUGAGCCGCAUUGGAGACUGUGCUGACGCAUGUUCCGCUAACUUCAACUUAGCCUGUACAAAGUCAGGGCGAUACCGCCUGUGCAUAGUAGGUCAAGAAGAAACCACGUUUGGUGCUGUUGCUACGUACAUCGAGGACUCCGGCUUUGCGAUUGACGUUCUUUGAAUCCAACCUUGAUGAAACCGGCAUCCAGUGGAGAUCCCUAAGACUGGCCCAUCCUGGACAGGAAGACCACAAGAUGGAGAUGGUGGCGGACUUCCCCACAAAUCACGUGGGUAAAGUGGAAG